ACUUCCCUGGUCCUUCCUUGACAAAUGUGCAUGAACUUCUUUCACCGUCGCCUACUCGGCCUUAGUAAACCCCAUGCAUUCAAACAUCUCCAUUACAGUCUUGCUCCAAAACCCACGCAUUUUGACUCUCAGUUUCCAACAAAGCAACCACCAUCUUCACAUCAUUCAAACCAAGACCCAUCUAAAACUAUAGCAACCCAAUUAUCUAACUGCACCAGUUUACAAGAAUUGAACCAAACUUAUGCCCAUGUUAUCCGCACCCACGUUCUAGACGUUUGCACUGCCCCAUUUCAUUGGAACAACUUAAUAAGAUGUUAUACUAGACUUGGUGCUCCUAACAAAGCGCUACAAAUCUAUGUAUCCAUGUCCCUUGCUGGCAUCUCCCCUGAUAAUUAUACGCUUCCUAUUGUCUUGAAAGCCGCAUGCCAGUGUUUUUCUAUGGAGCUUGGUAGGCAGCUUCAUUCCAUUGCGAUAAGGCUUGGCCUUGAGUUGAACGAAUAUUGUGAGAGUGGUUUCAUUAGUUUGUACUCAAAAUCUGGAGAUUUUGGGGAUGCAUAUAAAGUGUUUGAGGAAAAUCUUGAGAGAAAGUUGGGUUCUUGGAAUGCUAUUAUUGGAGGUCUUUGUCAAGGUGGGCGUGCAAAGGAAGUAAUCGAGAUGUUUAUCGAGAUGAGAAGUUGCGGGUUCAAGCCCGAUGAUGUGACCAUGGUUAGUGUGACUUCAGCUUGUGGGAUAUUAGGGGAUUUGCACUUGGCCCUUCAAUUGCACAAGUAUGUUUUUCAGGCCAAAAGUUUUGUAAAACCUGAUAUGUUGAUGUUGAAUUCACUCAUUGACAUGUAUGGGAAGUGUGGUAGAAUGGACUUGGCUUAUAUGGUAUUUUCAAGGAUGGACCAAAGAAACGUGUCAUCUUGGACUUCGAUGAUAGUCGGUUAUGCGAUGCAUGGGCGAGCCAAUGAAGCUAUUGAAUGUUUUAGUUGCAUGAGAGAUGCCGGUGUGAGGCCUAACCAUGUGACUUUUAUUGGGGUACUAAGUGCAUGUGGGCAUGGUGGUCAGGUGCAAGAGGGAAGACAUUAUUUUGAUAUGAUGAGGAAUGAUUAUGGAAUAAUGCCCCAAUUGCAGCAUUAUGGUUGCCUGGUGGAUCUGCUUGGCCGAGCAGGGUUGCUGAAAGAAGCUAGGGAGAUUGUUGAGGGGAUGCCAAUGAAGGCAAAUGUGGUAAUAUGGGGGUGUUUGUUGAGCGCCUGUGAGAAAUAUUCAAAUGUGCAGAUGGGAGAGUGGGUGGCAAAGCAUUUACUAGACUUGGAACCUUGGAAUGAUGGGGUGUAUGUGGUUUUAUCCAAUAUAUAUGCUAGCAGAGGCUUGUGGCUAGAGGUUGAGAGAGUUAGAUUGAUCAUGAAGCAGCGAACGCUAGCUAAAAUCCCUGCUUAUAGUUUGGCAACAACUUCGAAUUGAAGGAUAAUUUUUGGCAGGUCGUCUGUGAAAGUGUUAUCGUCAUGUACAAGUUUUUCAAGUUUGAAAAUCGACUUCUUGUUUCUUGAAUUCAAAACAGAUAAAUAAGCAUAUCUCUGGAGAUGAUGGAGGGGGCAAUUAAUAAGAAGGACCAUCUUCCCUUGAAUCAAGAAGCUAAUAUACCUCUCUGAAAACUAGAGAUAGACUCCGAAUUAUUCCACCAGAUGUUCUGUGUGUGUUUUGUAGGCAGGGGGAGGAGACUCACAACCACUUAUUCUUUGCUUGUCAUGAGACCUCUCUGUUAUGGGAAUAAAGACUUGGCUAAGAAUAACAAGGAGUAUGUCCACUCUGAACAGUGCCCUUAAGGGAUUAAUCUCAAGAAAAAAGGUCCUUGAAGCUAGAAUGAGAAGAGUAUCUCUGGGUAUUGUCGUCUAUUUGAUUUGGGAGGAGAGGAACAAGAGGAUCUUUGACAAUACUUGACAUCCGGUGGAUGUUAUUUUCCACAAAUUCCAAGUAAUAUUCUACAUGAUUGUUCACUUUUAUGAACAAAAUCACUUCUCUCUCGAUGUAGGAUGAAUUGUGUCUGUUCUCUGUGAUGUCUGGAGUCUUAAGUCUUCUCAUCCUGUUGUUGCCUUGGAUGGUCCAGAGCUGUGUGCUUGGUCACUGCUGUAACAAGGUUUCCUCUGUUGCUCAAGUUUCUAUGAAAGCUUCUGGCGAAUUUUUUCCUAGAAAGAGCUCUCAGUCAGCUGAUUUGCUUCUCUGAUUUACUGGUGAUCUGGCGGGAUAUGUGGCAAUGUUACUGGCAUGUCCUCUAUCUCCAGUGUUUUGCUAUCGUAACUGGUGGUUCUGCCUCCCUGGUUUUAAUUGGCUAUCUGCUAAUGGAAGAUUAUUGCACUGGUGAUCUGCUCUGCUGCAUCUUGAUCUUUCCUUGUUCACGGGGGCUGCUGCUACAUUCUCUGGUGCACAGCUUUGCUAAGUCACGGCUAGAGAGAGAAUCUGCUGUCUUUCUUUCCCUUUGGCCAUGGUGUCUGUUGCUGUCUUUCUUUCUUGCUGUUUGGUUUGAAAAUAUGCUACUUUCAUAUUGUCCUGCCUCCUCUCGGUAUUGCCAGCUAUCUUGGGAUCCUUGACUCUUGCCGGUUUGGAUGCCCUCUAGAUGCCCCUUGUAGCUGUUUUGCUGUUGUCUUUAUUAGUGGCACAUCCUCUCUGCUGUGUCUUCUGUCCUGAUCAUGCGGAUAUGCUGCUCCUCAUGCAUGGUGUGGUGUAGUUACUGGGCUUUGUCAGCCUUGGAUAGCUCAGCCCUUGCCCGUUAGCUGCUUUGGAGUCAGGAUUCCACCCCCCCCCCCC